AUGCGCGCGAGUGGCUGUAGUGGCCAGCGGCACCUCAGUAUCUGCCCUCAACCCAACUGCGUCCGUCUCGCCAAGCAUCAUGGUAUGGUCCGCGGGCUUCCUCGGGGUUUGUCAUUACGGUGCAGUAGAUAUGCACCUCCGAAACGCCUGUCAGCACCAACACGAAUCACUGGCGGCGAUGUGCACAGGGGUGCUGUUGACUUUGAAGCGGCUCGAUAUGGUUCGCUUCAGAUACGACCCCGAUUCCCGGUUUCUCAUCCACCCCCCGGAAACUCAACGAGUAUAACAGGGGGCAAUUUGACGAGUCAGAUUGCCACUCCAAUAUGGCUGAUUCCAAGUCGCUUCUUUGCAGACGUUACGACGUGUGGUAGCUUCACAAGCUUAGACGAGGUCGGUGACGGCGAGAUAAAAGAACUUUACUCAGCCACCUACGUUCUGAGACAGCCCUAUGCCGAAAGAGCCAUGUUUAUGCGAGUAGUUGAAUAUCCUACCCUUAAUGUGCAGGACUCGGCGGAGCCAAGCGAAUAA